AUGGUCAUUCGCGACGAUGAGAGUGCCUACGAGACGGAAAUGCGGCCCAGCAACGGAGAGAACUAUGCUAGCUUCAUCGGCGACGCACACCAACUGCACAACGCCAGUAGCGAUGUUGUAGGCGUGGAGCGCAGUGAGCAACUAGCAGAGCAGCCCUUCACCGUCACCGGUCAAGACACCUCGAGCCACUUCCGUGUUGGCGCUGUACUUCACGUGGAUGUGGGGGCCUACGGGAAGGAUGCGGGCGAGGGACAGGAAAAGUUGGAUGCAGACUCCCAGAGCGUUCUCUCCAGUCAGAACGGAGCACACCUUGAUCAUGCGUAUACGCACUCUAAGUCGACGUGGCGGUUCUAUCGCCAGGGCAAGCUCGAGCCAGCGACUGAAAUGAACAAGUUACCCGGGAGGCAAAUUAUCUGGACGAGCGUCUCACACUGCGCACAAGUAGGGAGUCUGUGGUCGGUGCGCGCGCGCAUGGUCAGUGCGGAACAUUCCCGUCCAUCAGCCGAGCGGCUGGUCGUGCAUCAUAUCACGGAUACGUCAAACGAAGGCAAUGAGCUUGGUGGGCCAGAUAUGCUCGUGCACAAACACAGCCGUGCAAACACGUUCGCCUUAUACCGCUUCUACGGGCUGCAUUCGGGUCGCAAUCAGGUCGCUCUUCCUUCUUCGAAUACAGAACGGGGAGCCCUUCCUCCGAGCAUGGGGAUCCUGCUUGCGCCGAAGAGCGUGUUGACACGAUUCACAAACACGCAUAGUACGAGGCAUCUUGAAGAUCAUGGCUUGCUGUCCGGGCCAAGCACGCCGUCUUCAAACCAACAUGCACAGGACGAUCGUCAAACGCCGUCCGGCGAUGCUGCCGCGCCCAUCGCUUCGAGCAACACGCCGCCUAGUUUGCCUCAGGCGCAGACCGCGAUUGUGUCGAUCACGAACUCACCGUCUGAUGAACCCGGAGGCCAAUCGAACCAUCUGGAUGGAGAUGACUGUGCCGAAGAACAUGAUGAGGACCAGCGUCCUAUCCGGCGAAAGGCACACGCAGAGGCAUUUGGGACGCUUGACCAGCCUACGCUUGAACGCAUUCGCCAUGUUGACGCGCUCGAAGAUCACAAAUCGCGCGGCUUAGACGGGCUACUGCAACGCUUUCGUGGCGCGCCCGCAUCCCGUACACAGGCCGAUGGUACUGGCGCCGUGUUUGCGCGCCCUCCGUGGCCAACGCUUGCGCCGCGCGAACCUCGUCAAUCUAUGAAGACUCGCCUGAUGCCUUGGAGGGAAGCGAGCGACACUGCAAGCGCCCACCGGCGAAAGCCCGCAGCAAUUCUGGAGCAAGUGCCAGAUGAUGCGAUGUGCAUGCUAUUCCCGCUUUGGCCCUCUGAAACGGACACCGGGAGCGAAAAGACGUUUUUCAACGAGCGCGCGCCAGAACCCCUCCUAGAGGAGCGUCUUUACCUACUGGUGUACUUUGUACCCGGCAUCGAGAACAAGGAGAAGGCCGACGGCCGAGGUGCGAUCAAGCAUGCACCGCGUGGGAAGGGGCAAACGCGAGCACGAGCUUCCAGCUCGACCGUUCUGUUCGAGCGCUUCACGAUUCUCGCUCGGAUAGUGACCUACGAUGACCUCCGAGGAAGCAACCUGCGCCUCCCAGUACACGGAUCGAGCGUGACAGGUUCCCUCGCGGAGGCGCAACGCGAUGUCCCGCUUGCAUCAUCGUCAUGCGACGGUCUCAAGGACGACCACACGAUUGCUAUCUGCGCCGACGGGGAGAGUGGGUACGCUGAGCUCUUACCGGACCUGCUGGCGAGGCUGGGGUGGUGUGAGCGCGGUGUGAGCGAUGAGCGCUGGGACUUCGCCGAGACGGAGGGAGAGGGUGGCCUCAAGUAG